AUGGCCCCGUUAGAAGUGAUAGGUGCUGCCUAUAGUAGAUCUGGAUCAAAAAGUCUACGUGAUGCUCUAAACAUACUUGGCUACCGCACACUUCACGGCGGAAACAUGAUCCGGGAACGUGUUGGAAACACUGAACUUAUAGAAAACGCGUAUGACCAUCCCGACAAGUCCGUGGACUGGAAUCCUCUUUUCGAUGGCUAUAAUGCAGCCGUAGAAUUCCCAGCGGUGUGCUUUGUCCAAUCUCUUUUGGAAGCGUAUCCGGACGCCAAGGUUAUUCUUAUUGAGCGAGAUGCAGACAGCUGGUACGAAUCUAUCAAGGAUACUGUUUGCAAGUUAUGUGAAACCACCGGGACGCGUGAACUUACAGAAAAUGCUACACACCUGAUGCACGUAUUUUCGAAAUUAUGGCUCGAUGGUGUUUUGCUCGAUUCCAAGUUGAUGGCAGAUGCAGAGGCAGUGAAAGCAAGAUACAAAGCGUAUAAUGCGUGGGUCAAGGAGUGUGUGCCACAGGAACGGUUGCUGGCAUUGAAGCUUGAAGAAGGCAUUGACUGGAAUAAGAUUUGUGCGUUCCUUGGAAAGCCUGUACCCGUAGAACCGUAUCCGCGUAUUAAUUCUCGCAAGCAAUUU